CUCUCUUUUGUAGAGUCGUGCAGGAGUAGGAAGCGGACUUCGUCUCCUUUUUUGGCUCGCAUUCAUUUCCUUUCUUUCUACAUAUUCUAUUACUUAUAUGCACCACCACCUACACUCCCUUUACUGCCACCGUUACCAACCCCAAAACACUCUUCUUCAGGAUUCAGAAUCUCUCUCUCUCCCUCCUCCAACAGCAGGUGAACCAUUAGCAAAUCUUUGAGGAAAUUAUGGCAGAAGACGACCUGUUCACGAAGGAUGGGACAGUGAAUAUAAAAGGAAAACCUGCUAAUAAAAAGAAAACUGGAAACUGGAAAGCAUGCCGAUUUAUUCUUGGGAAUGAAUGCUGUGAGAGGUUGGCAUACUAUGGAAUGAGUACCAAUCUAGUCAACUAUCUUCAGGAACGUCUCAACCAAGGAAAUGUUGCUGCAUCAAACAAUGUGACUAAUUGGUCAGGAACUUGCUACAUUACACCACUGAUCGGAGCCUUUCUAGCUGAUGCAUACUUGGGAAGAUAUUGGACAAUUGCCAGUUUUGUUAUCAUCUAUAUCCUUGGGAUGGCACUCUUAACAUUUUCUGCUUCUCUCCCUGGACUAAAGCCAUCAUGUGAUAAAGAUUCUUGCCACCCAACAGGAACACAAAGUGCAGUAUGCUUUGUUGCACUUUAUUUAAUUGCUCUAGGGACUGGUGGAAUCAAGCCAUGUGUCUCAUCCUUUGGUGCUGAUCAAUUUGAUGAAACUGAUGAUAUUGAAAAGGAAAAGAAGAGCUCUUUUUUCAAUUGGUUUUACUUCACAAUCAAUAUUGGUGCCCUUGUUGCCUCUUCUGUUUUGGUCUGGAUACAAAUGAAUGUUGGCUGGGGGUGGGGAUUUGGGAUCCCAACAGUUGCAAUGGCCAUUGCAGUUGUGUUUUUCUUCUCAGGAAGCAAGUUAUACCGAAUUCAAAAACCUGGAGGAAGUCCUCUUACCAGGAUUUUUCAAGUUAUAGUUGCAUCCUUCAGAAAAUUGCAUGUUAAAGUUCCUGUUGACAAGUCUCUUCUUUAUGAGACUACGGAUGAAGAAAGUCAUAUCCAAGGAAGUCGCAAACUUGAGCACACAGACAAGCUCAAGUUCUUUGACAAGGCAGCUGUGGAGACCCAAUCUGACAGCCUCAAGAGCACACCAGACCCAUGGAGACUAUGCACAGUAACUCAAGUUGAAGAGCUCAAGGCAAUUAUUAGACUGCUUCCAGUAUGGGCAAGUGGAAUUGUCUUUUCCACAGUAUAUAGUCAAAUGAGCACCAUGUUUGUUUUACAAGGAAACACCAUGGACCAACAUAUGGGUCCAAAAUUCAAGAUUCCAUCAGCAUCCCUCUCGCUCUUUGACACCCUUAGUGUCAUUUUUUGGGCUCCAGUAUAUGACCGAUUCAUCGUCCCAUAUGCAAGAAAAUUCACAGGCAAUGAAAGAGGCUUCACUCAGCUCCAACGUAUGGGCAUUGGCCUUGUUAUAUCCAUUUUCGCAAUGAUUGUUGCUGGAGUAUUAGAGGUUAUUCGGCUUCAAUAUGUCCAAACGCACAACUACUACGAUCUUGAGUAUAUUCCAAUGUCAAUCUUCUGGCAAGUUCCGCAGUACUUUCUUAUUGGAUGUGCAGAAGUUUUUACUUUCAUCGGACAAUUGGAGUUUUUCUAUGACCAGGCACCUGAUGCUAUGAGAAGUCUAUGCUCAGCUCUCUCACUUACAACGGUUGCUGUAGGAAAUUAUUUGAGUACUCUUUUGGUUACUAUAGUGACCAAAGUUACUGCGAGGCAUGGUAAGCUUGGCUGGAUUCCAGACAACUUGAACAGGGGCCAUCUCGAUUACUUCUACUGGCUCUUAGCCAUUCUCAGCGUCUUGAACUUCUUUGUCUAUCUUUGGAUUGCAAAAUGGUAUACCUACAAGAAGGCUAGUGGGCGCGCUCAUUGAGACAUUCUUAGUCAUUUAUUUUUAGCGGAUAUUUCUGUUUAUUAUAUCUUAGGUGCUUGUAAAUAUUCUUGGACAUGUUAAGGAAUUUUUAUGUGUAAUGCAAACUUUAAUGUUCUUCUUUAAGUUUAUGAUAUUCAUAGAUGAUUAGAGCCA